UGUUGUGAGGUGCAAGUAAGUAAUACAAUAAAAAGGGGCAGGGGGAAGCAAGGCCGUCCAAAUUAGGGUUUGACAAAACAAGAAUCAGCAAGAGCAGCAGCAGCAGCAGGUAUGCCGAAGAACAAGGGAAAGGGAGGCAAGAACCGCAAGCGAGGUAAGAACGAAGCCGACGACGAGAAGCGCGAGCUGGUCUUCAAGGAAGACGGCCAGGAAUACGCUCAGGUGAUGCGUAUGCUCGGCAACGGGCGUUGCGAGUCCAUGUGUAUUGACGGCACCAAGCGUCUCUGUCACAUCCGUGGCAAGAUGCACAAGAAGGUCUGGAUUGCUGCUGGCGAUAUCAUUCUCGUCGGUCUCCGUGAUUAUCAGGAUGAUAAGGCUGAUGUCAUUCUCAAGUAUAUGCCUGAUGAGGCCAGGCUUCUCAAGGCUUACGGCGAGCUUCCCGAGAAUACCAGGCUUAAUGAAGGUAUCGCUGGUGGACUUGAUGAUGAGGAUGAUAACGUUGACGAUGAUUAUAUCGAGUUUGAGGAUGAAGAUAUUGAUAAAAUCUAGCUCUAUAUCUUAUAUUAUUAUUGUGUCUGGAUGUUUGUUUGGAUAUGAAUGUUUGUGCUUUUUAUUAUAUUUGAGGAUGCACUAGUAAUUGUGUUUAAUUACUCUCAGUUGGAUGCUAUAAUCUUUACUUUUAAGCCUCGAUGCUUGCUCUGUUUAAUUAUUCUUCACUUGGA